UGCAGGUUUUUUUGUAACGUGUUUCCUCACAAGAAAUAUAGAAAAUUUUAGUGACUUAUCAAGUAAAAAUGGAAGUUGACAGGUAAGAGAAUUCCUUCAUAUCAUUUUUAAAACCUCCAUACUUUGCCUGAAUGCAAAUCACACACAACUUUCGGGAGUUUGCAACAGCUCGUCGUUUCGUCAUGAUGGCGGACUCGACGACUGCAAGAACUGCAUCCACGGCCGGUCGGAUUUUACGGAUGAAAUCCAAUGUGAUUUGUUUUCGAUUCCUUCCCAUUCUGUUUUCGGGAUGUUUUUCUCAAGCAAGGGUGGUAAUCAAACCUGUUUGUUUUGUUGCAGUACAAUUUAAACUAGCUUCUAAAGCUUUAAGAUGAAUAAGCUUAAAUUCAAUCGAAUACCUACCUCCAUCAAAUUUGUUACAAAAUUUGUCGGCUGUAUUCACAGGCUGCACAAUUUGAUCGAAGUUUUUAAACGCUGUUUUACUUGUUUCUAUCCAUGUCGAUAAAGCUGGUUCUUUUUUAAUUGGUUUUCGUGGCUGACUUGAUAAUUAUUUUUUUACUUUUACUUUGGAAAUUGACAAAGUUCAAUUUGUACCUUACACACGUACACGUAAGCUAAAUCAUUCACUUUGCACCAGUGAAGAAUAUUAAAGACAGCUGAUUACAAGCUAACCUCCUCUUAUUUCAGCUCUAACAGGAGCAACAAUAGAAAUCUUUCCACAUCAAACGUUGAAGAGAGCGUCCAAAUGAUCAAAUCGGAAGUGAUACCAUGUCUGCAGAACGCAAUGGAGACACUACAGAAUAUCUGGAGCGAAAUUGGUUUGCAAGAAGAUCAAAAGGAAGAAAGGACUAAAACUGUGUUGUAUCAUCUUCGAAAUUUACUCCAAGAAAUGGUGAACGAGGAAGAAGAGUUAAAAAGCACGCUUCAAGCAAAUGUGGAAACUUGUACAAAGGAGCUAGAAAUGUUGAGUGGAGAAUUGGGGCUUCCAGUUUUCAAGGUAUGUAAGAUUUUUUUUACUUAUUUACAUGCUGGUCAUGGAGAAAAGGCUUCUAUACAAUAUUGUAUACCUCAACACAGGAAAAAAAAGUAUUGUUCUAAGGAUGCAUACAUGUACAAUGUAAGCUUAUGUUACCGGUAAAAUUUGAUUUCAGGUUUUUGUUUAUAAUUUUGGUUUAACCUAGGUUGAUUCACAAUUUCCUUUGUGUCCUAGCCCUAGAAAACAAAGCAAAUUGAUAUCAACCUGUAGAUUGAUUAUCAACAUUUCAACCGGGAUUAAUGUUGCAGCAUUUAAUUUUGUCUUGAUAGCCAGAGAAACCAAUGAGUAUUCUUAUGCUAGAAAAUGAACUUCGAACAAAGGUGGACAGCCUCAAACUGGUAUGUUGUAAUAGUUGACUUUCAAUACUCCUUUUCAUUAAAUAAAUAUUUAAAAAUUAUUCCACUGGUGCACAUUGGAUAUGAGAUGGUAGCAAACAAAGGGCAUAGCACUGACUUGGCUAUAAUCUUUAUCCAACAAGUGGAAGUGGAAUAAUUAUUGUUUUAUUAAAAACACCCACAAAAUAUCAAGAAUUCUUCUUGACUUGUAAAAAUAACGGUUUUUCAUCUUGUUUUUAAUUUUGAGCAGACGUGUACAGUUACCAUAUUUGGAGAGCAUGGUAUAAUGACACAUAUACCAUGAUGGCUAAGCCAAUCAGAGCCCUAGAAUUGCAUUAUCCAAUGAUUCAGUUUUUAUAAUAAUAUUUACUCUAUAAAUUAUUAAUGCUUUUUAGUUGCUGACUAUUGUGCUCACAAAUUUCAACUCAACCCAGUAGUCAUGAUGUAAACGUUGCCUAGUCCUGGUGGACAGUCUCUUCCAAGCCUUCUCAGUCAAUGCAUUUGAAAAUGACUUGUCCGAGAUGAACAGCGUCACAAACUGGCUUGGACCAAGUGACCCAAAAUGCAUGGGCUGUUCAAUAAUGAUGCUUAGGCAGUGUUCUCCUUAUCAGGCAGUAACUGGUAAAUUUUACCGCCUGAGUUGACACUUCUUACCACCUGCAACCGCUUGAAAGUUUACUAAAAUUAAAUUUGUUGUUUUGAAAAAUACACAAGUUGUGAUCCGAUCCAAUGAAUUCUCACAAGGAAAUGAAUGAAUUUAAUAGAAAAGUAAUAAAGUAUACACAACUUUUCUUCUUAUGGGCUACACAGAGGACAUUUGAGACACUGGUAAAAUUAUUGGAAUCAAAUUUUUUUAAACUGUUGUCUAAAGAUUGCAUUUGAUUUGCAUAAAAUAGGUCUUAAAAUAAGGGAAUGACGUUUCAGAGAACUUAGCUCCUAAAUUUCCCAACGAGGUGGGUCCAUGUCCCUCACUCUACUACCCCCCUUCCUCCCCUCCCCCCGGAGAGUGCUCCUCUGACACAUACUUUGUGCCUAACCAGCAAGGAAUGGUCCCUUACCAGCUCAGCUAAAAUUUAGGGAGAACACUGCUUAUAUUCUGGGAGGAAGUGUACUCCCGUGGGAAGUUUGUGCUGAAAGCAAGCCACGGGUCUAGGAAUGUUCAUUGGCACAUAGUAGUCGUGAAAAGUUUUGGUGGCAACUUUGCAACCUGCUCAGACAGGAAUUAUCGGGGUUAAAAAUUUUCAUCUAUGGACGCCAACAUGGAAAUGAGACUGGAGUCAAAAAUCCCUUGUAACUCCAAUAAACAAGCCAUUUUGCUUACCAAAUUUCCCUCCAACAUACAACUCGCUGCUGUUAGUAAAUUUUUGACAUAUUUUUGUUCAAUUAGCAUGAAAAUGAGGCUAAAAUACAAAACUCAAUAUACAUGCACCUCUCAUAUUAAAAGUGUAAUGUUGAUUGGCAAACUUGGCCACAAUGUGAAAUUCAAGUAACAUAAUUUGUUUAUGACAGUAUUUGUGAAUAAUGCCUGUCACAUGACCUCUGACCAUGAAAACGAGACUACAAGAAAAGACACCUAAAUUUUACAAAUAAGCUAGACCAAAUCUGUUGUUACUGCAAUAUUGAAAAUUUAAAGAAAGCAAGAAGCACUCAUGAAAAACAGGCCAAAUUUUAUUCACCAGUAAUGUCUACAUUUGUUAAGGAAUUCACUCUCCUGAGGAAGACUCUUGUGAAAAUCUAUUGUCUUCUUUAAAAUACCCGAGAAAGAAACAUACAUGUACUUCAAAUCAUUACCCAGACCCUCACUCAUCACUACACUCAUCCUCAUCACUUUCAUCCUCAUCAUACUGAUACUGGUCGUCGUCAUGCUGGUUCUCGCAUUCACUGUUGUCAGAACAGCUACACAGCGCUGUGCACGGUAGCCCAGCUCUUCAACAUUGGCAUCAAUUGGUUGGUGGUAAUCUGUCAGACUCUGCUUGCUUCUUCCUAAACAGGAACUGUCUUAGCUCUUUAACAGUUGUUAUAUCAGUCCUUGGUAGGUAUAUUUGGCAGACAAAUCUUUCAAUAACAACUUUUAUGUCAGUACUAUAGGUUGCUCCUCUUGACCGAGUUUGGCCAGUCAGCGUUCAGGAUGGAAUCGUCGGCUUCUAGAAAUGCUUGGCUUUCUAACAAGAUACAUGUACCUUUCCCUUCCCUGAGAGGCUACCAGCAUUAUCGGCUCCUAAAAUGAUGGUAUGAAAUGCAGGUAGUGCAGCCGUCCUCUCAGAACCAAGGGCUUCUGCAAUUAACUGUAACUUUAUUGAUUGAUGAGUUGCACCCCUUCCAGUGACAAGUGAUGUAUUUAAGCACAUCUCUGAACUCCAUCUGAUAGCCAGCACAAGGUCAUCAGUGUCUGGUGAAUGAAUGGUUAAGUCCGUAGCACUGUCAGCAGUGGCAUUGAGGGCGUGAAGUAUUAUCUUUGUAUCAGCCUCUUCGUGGUCACUCUGAAUAUGUCCCAUGUCUUUGUGGGUUGCUUCACACUCUUUUCCCCAUGCUACAACUGGCUGUCUUCUCAAGGCCUGACCAAACUCCUUUGCUUUCUUUGCCAGCAAAGCAGUCAGUUCUGCCUUCGUCUUUGUGUGUAAGAGCAGUUUCUUCAACCGUACUUUUGUAAUAUGAGUGGAAUCGCUAAUGCAGUAAUAAACAGGGUCUUCCGAUCCUUGCCGUCUGGUUCGUGUGGCAGAUUUCAGUGAUGCUGGGACAUUGUAUCUGUCAAAGAUUAAACGAAUUUCCUGGGUUUCAUCAUGCUUGCUAAAGAGAUGGUUGUGAAAAUGUUCUGCCAGGUGUUUGCAAGUCUUGAUCCACUCCGGCUUGUCUAAUGACUGGAUUUCAGCCAUCCCAUCAACUACACAUGUAUGGCAACCUUGACUUGCACUUCUGCAUUCGGGGUACUGGUUUGACAUGUCACCUCACUGCUGGACUCACCCGUGAGCUUCUCCAGUAUGUGCUUAAGAGCGCUCUUGCAUGGGCAAUGCAGCAUGGUACCGUCAGGAGCAAAAAGAGACCUUGGGACAACUGAGAAUUUGUACAGGCCGAUUAUAUAGUGCUUCCUUGAUGCCUACUUCUGGUUGGCUCUUGCAAAUCAUCAUGAGUCAGGCAAAAUCCUCGUUCAGCUCUACCACCUUAACAGCAGUUUUCAUCUUAAUAACCUUACAACUACUUUUCCAAGUCUUGAGCUUCACUUUCCUCAUAGUCGACCAGUAGUUAACCUUUCCUGUUUUCAGCCUUUCCUCUACAAAAAUGUUGAACAGUUUUCUACCUGUUUCACCAUGUUUACACAAGUCAUUCUUGAUCUCCUCGGACAUGGCCACUUUGGUUAUUAGAUUAUACAGGUCAAUGUUAGAAGCUGGAUCGUAAUGCUUACCGAAAAAGGAUUUGUAAAGCUCUUAAUUGCUGCUAUUAACUGCUGUACACCUUUAUCCUCUCUUGCUACAAUAGCAGUGAAAAGGUUAUGAUGUUGUUGCAGAGUGUGCAGACACGGCAGCCAUGGAUUUUGCCUCUGGAGCACUCAGGAAAAACUUUGCUCGGGCACUUUCAUUCUGUGUAAUACCAACCAGUCCUCCAGACACCUUCAUGGAAUGGUUUAGGUGCUCCAAGGCAUUGUCUGCUCCAACUGCACAGAAAGAAACUCUACUAUACUUUGUUGAUAACCCAAUUUCCAUUCAUGAACUCUUGGUGAAUUUAGGGAUCUGAUGCUUCCAGGGAAGCCAUCUCAGCAAGAUAUAGUGGAAUCAUAUGAGAAUAAUAAAUUUACUGAGCCUGCCGUGGGCUAAGAAGUACUUUGUGAACUGUUCCAGUGUGAUCAGAUGCAAUUUCCAUGCAGUUAAUUAACUACCACUUCGAACUGAUCUGAUAAAGGCAAACAUUUACAUUAAUGAUUAUCAUGCACAUAUAGUGUCACAUCACUACAAACCAAAGACUUCUGUUAAGCAGUGUCGAACUUUAACAUCUUUACAGUGACUUUCAAGGAACUGGUGCUGCCGACAAAGAACUGGUGGGCUCUCUCUAUUUUCUCUUUCUUGCCCUCUCUGAAUGCUUCAAUAACUUCUCUUGAUAAAUUCUCAAGACAUUGGUGCAGUUCUGGCAAAGUUUUAGGAAAGCCAUCUAUAGGUACAAGGCAAACCAUGCCUGUAAGGUGAUCAUGUGUGCUUUUUCACCUCUUUUAAUGUGAUUACCAUCGAGAAUCUGCUUAACAGUGAACGGGCCGUACAGUUCUGACUCAAUCCAACACAUAUCGAUCCCACUAAUGUGCAUGCACUGAUUAAUUGUCCUUAGCAUGGCCAUGAUAAUGUGCAACUCACCGGGUUGGAGAAUGAGGUGGUUUAAGUCAUUUUGAGCCAUCUGGAGUUUUUUCGCGGAAGAUACAGUCCCACAUCAAGAGAUAUAACAGUCUUCCUUUCAGGGCCAUCGACUAUGAUAGAGAUAUUCUGAGCUGCAUAAGAACUGUCAAUAAAGUGUUCCAUUUAUGCGCAGGAUGUACCACUAAGGGGGUGCACCAAAGCGCAGCUUUUGAAAUUAUUUCUUGUCUUGAUGGCUUCAUUUCCAUGGGAUUUCACUGAAUCACAGUGUUCUUCUUCAGUAUUUUCUUUUAAAUCCACUUAGAACAACUAACGACAUCAAAUGUUAUAAAUAGUAUUUAAUGUUACACUUUUAAUGCAAGGUAUAAAGAGUUUUGUUAUAUUCCUAGACUUUCACUCAACUAAACAGCGGCAGCCAUUGGCUGAUUCUUGGUCACGUGGCCUUGACUAAAAUCAAAUGUAUCCCGAUCGUGAUACAUCAAGCAAUGUACCCUGCUCGGGAUACAUUACAGCAUGUGAUCAGAGCAUGGUGGAAAGUGGCGUGACGGAAGGCGGGAAAAACACUGCCGUUUUCUUUUUCGUGAAUGAACACAACAACAUACAACAUUCACAACAACACAAACAUGAAGCCUCAAGACUUCGUCUCGGGAAACAUCAGGACUCUUGGGAAAACAAAACUAACUGUUUCCCUCGGGAUCUGACAUUAAGUGUAUAUUAUAUUUCAGCCUCAUUUUCAUGCUACAAGGUCAUGUGGCCACUAAUUGAACAAAAAUAUGUCAAAAAAUUUACUAAGAGCAGCGAGUUGUAUAUUGCAGGGAAAUUUGGUAAGCAAAACCACUUUUUUACGGGAGUUAAGGGAUUUUCGACUCCAGCCUUGUUUCCAUGUUGGUGUCCAUAAGUGAAAAUUUCAAACCCUGAUAAUUCCUGUCUAAGCAGGUUGCGAAGCUGCCACCAAAACUUUUGAUGACUACUAUGUCCCAAUGAACAUUUCUAGACUAGUGGCUUGCUUUCAGGGAAAAAAUCCCACGGGACCUUAUAUUAUGACAUUUGCUCCCAGACUAUUAGCAACUAGGCAAAUGUAAGACUAAAUCAAUUUUAGAUGAAAAGGAAAAAGGUGAAAGCCCUCAUUUGUCACAAAACAUUAUGACUCUCAGCAUUACAGGAGUUAUUAUAUUCAAUAACUUCUUUUCAACUGUAAAAAUCUACAGGAUAGAGUUAACUUUUAUACAUGUAGCCCGAUGUUUUUUCUUUCUUUCUAGUCCUUUUUUAGUGCAAAGUUUAAAUUAUCUUAAUGGCAAUUUAACCUGGUUGUGGAAAUCUCCUAUUGCAAAUACAUAGAAAGAGUGAGGCACACAGGCUAAAAUAAAUAAUCAGUCUGCACACCAGUGCUCUUUAGAAUUACAAAUUCUUCCUACAAAACUUAAGUAAAGAGGAUAUCUGCCUUCUAAAUGAAUUUAGUCCGUGAUGUGAAUUACAAUUCAGGAAAAACAUGAACGCAUCAAAACAUUAAAGAGCUUGAGAGAAAAGGAAUCAAAGUUUUGCGAGCAAUUAUUUCUUCCUGCUCAUAACCUGGGAGAGGUUAAUGUACCAACUGAGGAACAACUAAAAGAGCUGGAAGCAAAUGUGCAGUACUUACAAAAGGAACAGGUAAGCUCUUCUUAAUACUGAUUGUUGUGUUAUUUUCUUACAGUGUACAUGGUUCAAAUCCCUGAGAGCCUGUUUUUUUUUUUUUUUAAUGGAUUUGACUGUCCAAUUUUGAGAGAAUGGUGCCACUACAAGCUGUAUAACUGCAGCAUUAGUUAAGGAGCCUUUGUGCAUGUAUAAAAAAUCCCUUUAAUUAUUAAUGGGUUUAUUAAACAUGCCCAAAGGCCCUUAACCCAUUUGCCACAGGAGAUUUUGCUGAAAAACGCGUUUUGGAGCUAGUUGACAAUUUUCUUGUCACUGUCCUGCUAUUAAGAGCUAAAACUUUGUUACCACAAAGCCAUUCACAUGUCAUACCCUUUGCAACCUUCUGAUCCAGAUGCAAAAUAUUAGCUUGCGAAGUUUGGGCAUGCGCAGAAAGCAAACUUUCGAGUUUUUAGGUUUAAAAAUGACACAGCAGUCUCAACUUUUACUUUUUGUUUUCUCUCCUCCCUUCUUUUUUGCCUCAUUUUUUUUUCUUUUGUUGGACAUUUAGUAGGCUUCAUUUUGGAGGGAAAAGUUUUUAGGAAAGCUUUUAGGAUCUUAGGAUUAGAUGAAUUGAGAGGUAGGUGGGUAGUAGAACAGGAUUUUCUUGGCAAUUUUUGGGUCAAUGUUACAUGGUUUUUUGCCUUUUUCUCCGGUGUCCUCGAGUGAAUUGUGCUCAUUCUGGUAUGGUUUGAAAGAUCUCUUCACUCUGCACACAAAGUUGUCCUCAACCAUUAAAACUGAAGAUAUCACAAGUGGUAGAAGGGACGGGGAUGUGGCACUGAUCAUCAUCAAGUCUCAUUUCACCAGCACAUGUAGGUUCAAUAAGGCCUUCACGCUGUUUGACCAACACUUUCUGUCUUGUGCAACCACUUUGGCUACUUUCCAGCUCUUCCACCCAGCUUUGUUUUGCUCUUUCUCGACUGUCCUUCUCCAAGUGGCUUUUGGUCUUCCUCUUGCCCUCCAACCUUCAGGAGUCCAUCCUAUUGCUGUAAAGCAGUUGCUCUCACCCUCUCUCCUUAGUAUUUGACCUAUAGCCAGUUCCACCUUCUUUGUCGCACUUCACAGCUAAUUUCAUUGAUCUCAGUCAACUCAACCACUCUCUUGUUUGUCAUUCUCUGCUGCCAUCUAAUCUGCAGUAACCAUCUCAAGCACUGGUACUGGAAGCCUGAUAUAGUAGGACUGGCUGAAUUAUAAAGUCUUGAAUAGACGUAUCUUGGUUCUCCUUCCUUCAGUAUUCCUCUAGCUGCCCAGACCCUCCUUAGUGUCUGGAAUGCUCCACAAGCUUUCUACAGACGGUGCGUAAUGUCUUUGCUGCCUCCACCCUCCUUGUCUACAAUAGUAACCAGGUAUGUAAACUCUUCAAAGUCAUCCACUUCUUCGCCAUCCACCACAAUCUUCUCCCUGCUACUUGCACUCUCAGUCCUUAGUGAAAGUGCACUUUCUCGCAUUAAGUUUGACUCCUGCUCAGGCUGCUUCCUCUGCCAAUCUCCCAGUCUUUUCCUGCAAUGUCAUCUGCAAAAUCAAGGUCCUCUAGCACUGUUGUGGAAUUCCACCUUAUCCCUCUUCUCUUGUCUGCUGUUGCCUUUCUCAUGACCCAUUCCAAGCACAGUAAGAACAGGAAUCCCGACAUCACACACCCAUUUUACUCCUGACUUGAUCAUAAACCAGUCAGAUGUCACAUUGCUGUCCACAGCUGCACACUCAAAGCCUGUGUAUAUCACUGCUAUCACUGUCACCAUCUUGUCUGAUAUCCCAUAACUUUUCAUGUCAUUGAUAUUCCAUAAGGCUUUCUCUGUGUACAGAGUCAAAGGCUUUUUCAGAGUCUACAAAGUGUGCACACUCACUUGCCUGCUCUACGAUGUUUCUAAGUAAAAAGAUCUGUUCAGUUGUAAUUCUCUUGGGUCGAAACCCAGCCUGCUCCUUUCGAAGUUUCUUGUCUACGCCUUUCUUGAUCCGCUCCAACAGCAUCCUCGGAAUAUCUUACUAAUGACAGGUACUAAAGUCACUCCUCACCAGUUGUUGCAUUCGCGCAAAUCACCUUUCUUGAAUACCUUAACAACAAGCUCCCUUCUUCCACACUUUUGGCCACCUCUCAGUCUCCCAAAGGCUGGUGUAACAACUAGUCAGCCUACUUGCAGUGUCUUCCAUGUCAGCUCUCAAUAAUUCCAGACACACCUGAUCUACUCUGGCCACUUUCCCUGGCUUUGUCCUCUUCAAUGCUUCCUUGACCUCUAGUAAUCACCAUCUUCCUAGAUCUAUUUCCUCAAUCUCUUCUGAUUCUGCUAUCUCAUCCUCUUCCACAGGAUUUGUUGGGUCAUUUCUGUUUAAUUUUUCACUUAAAUGCUCCACCGAUCUCCACAGUCUUUCUUUUGUUUCAGUUCUAAGCACCUCUUGUUUGUCCUUAACACCUAUUUCUUGUUUCCACCUUUCUCCAGUUAUCGACUUAGUAAUGCUGUAAACCUCUUGCUCCUACCAUUCUCAGCGGCCUUUUCUGCUGCUGCAGCCCUGUGUUCUAACCAAUUUCUCUUAUCCUCCCUAGCACUCCGUUUCACUUUGUUGUUCUUCACAUUAUACUCCUUCCUUCAUCUCUGUUUCAGUCAUUCCGAUCUUGCACCCUCCAAUUUCAAUUUUGCCUCUUUCCUUUCCUUUAUCUUUUCACAUGUUUUGCUUCCUGUCCAUGGCCUUCUAAGUUUCUUUGACCUCCCCAAGACUUUCUUUGCUGCUCUCCUUAUGUUGCCAAAAUCAUAUCAUGUUCUUCCUCCAGAUCAUCUAUGUCUCCUAAAGCUUCAAACCUAUUCCUCAUCUCAGUGUCGUACGUACCUCCUUCUGAUCUAUUCAAUUUGCAGUUUACUUUCAUCAAACCUUUCCCUUAUGUUCUUUCUCCCCUCAGCUCUUGCGUAUUGUAUCCUUGUUUUCACAAGGUAAUGGUCACUGUAUACGUCUGCUCCUCUCAUUAUUCUUAUGUCUAAUAUAGAUGUUCUCAUGUUUCCAUUGACUAGAACAUGGUCAAUCUGGUGUACUGUCCUCCCAUCUGGUGACCUCCAGGUCAGCUUAUGGAUGUUUUUAUGAGGGAAGAUUGUUCCAGUUAUGAUGAACCCAUUUGCACUACAGAAGUCACAUAACCUCUCUCCAUUGUCAUUCAUAACACCAACGCCAAACUUCCCCAUAACUUCCUCUCUAUUGGUAUUGUUGUUGCCUACCUUAGCAUUCAAACCUCCCAUGACCACAAACAUAUCAUUUCUGUUACAGCUUGAAACAAUGUCCUGCAGCUGGUUGUAGAAUUCAUCCUUUUCCUCAUUCAUCGCAUCAUUAAUUUUGUUGGUGCAUAUGCUUGUACCACGGUCAGUUUUUUGUACUUUGAGUAGAAUUGUGCUGUAAUGAUCCUUUUGCUAAUUGGCGUCUAUUCCAUCAAGGCUCCCUUUGCCCUCGCACUCAUCAUGAUGGCUACACCUCCCCGUAUAACCUCAUCAUUUCCUACAUACACCACCUUUUCUACACUCUGCAGUGUUACUGAUCGUGUCCCUUUCCAUCUGGUUUCUUUUGACUUAUCCCUAGCACUUCGAUCCCAUACACUUUCAUCUCCUUAGCUACUUGCCCUGCCUGUGUUGUCUCCGCCAUGGUCCUCAUGUUCCAGCAGCUCUUGCUUGGGGGCUACUAUGGGGCUUAUCGACCUUUGGGCUUCCGACUGGCUUUGACCCAAGAGCGUCAUUGCAGCCCCAGCAGUAACGCCCUAGGCAGUGUUGUCUCAUUAUCAACGCUUCUGGUUUCUAUAACACUUAGUGAAAUUAUGGUGUAGGGUUGUUAGCCCUACGCCCAACCCCCAACCUGGAGGACCAGGGGGUCACUCUUUGUCUGGUCUCUACCCUUCAACCUUUUCAGCAUGGGUGGCCCUACCAGGAGUACAAGACUCCAGCCUACAUAGCUCUAAAGGUCACUGAGACACGCCAACUGCCCCACCACGAUAAGGUGGUGACCUCAUUCAGAGCAGAAUAAAUACAAGAACAAAAAAGGAAAAUACGCCAAUGCAACAGGCACUCGCUAUUAAAGGGAAGUAACAACAGUAAGUUAAUUGAUUACAAUAUAAUACGUGUCAUGCCAUCAUACAAGUUUAGAAAAUGUAGUUAUAAUGAUCAUGCAUAACCUUAGUUCUACAGCUGUAGUACAGUCAUAAAUACAUGGAUAACAUUUUCAUGUUGUGGUUCAGUUUUAUCCUUUGUUGAGAUUUGAUUUCCUUUUACUUCAAACACAUGUCAUACAUUACAGCUGUACACCAUGUACAUGAACCAUGCCCAUAGACAAACUAACUAAGGAAAAAUGAAGUUGUUUUAAAACCCAGGGAUGAAAAUUAAGUCAUCUUUUAUAUGGUCCAGUUAGGGAAAAUCCGUCAACACCACUGGAAAGAGCGCCUUAAUUUAAAAUAAUUAUUAGUAAAAUUGCCAACCAUAUCAUCAUAUCACUUUCAAAUUUGGCAAAUUUUUUCAGUGGUGUCGACGGAUUUUCCCGAACUUGUCCAUGUACAAAGUUGAAAAAACCAUGAAAAGGUCUGUCAAACCAUAACAUACAUUGAUGUAAUUGUACAUCUUGUUAGUAGACUAACAAAACAGAGCAUGCUAAGAAAGUCGUGUCUGAUAGUCUGGGGUUAGUGGAUUUUGCUAUCAGACUUAAGUGAAUUCUGUUCUUAACUUUUUGAAUUGCUCAACAGGCAAGUGAAGUUUUUUAGGGAAUUCAAAUUACAGAAGAACUGUAAUCAAUCCUGCUCAUCAAAAUUUUUUCUGGCUAGUUAAAAAGACUCUUGGGCUAGUAGAUGCUAGAUUCAGCCUUCCCAAAUGGCAAGCUGUAAAACUUACUUUCUUUGUACCCUGUAAGCAAUGCUUUUGAGAGCUUUUGCCAUUUUUUAUCCCAGGUCAAAAGACUAAAUACUUUCAAGGAACUAAGGCAUUCCAUCCAGACAUUGUGGAAAGAGUUAGAGACAGUGCCAUCAACAUUGAUAGGAAAAGAAAUGGCUAAGGAAGAUGCUGAAACGACAUUUAAACUUUCUUCUCAAAAUAUGGAGGCACUGAGGGACCUAAAUCAAGAGGUAAGCAGUUGAACCUCUUUCCUUUGACAAUGAAGACCUAGUGUGAGAACAUUUAGCAAUUGUUGAAUUCUGCAGAUCAAGGAGGGUGUUAUAUGGCCUAGGUGGAUAACACCCUCUGAAAUCUGCAAAAUUCUUCAUAUCUUACAAAGGUUGAAGUUCAAAGAUUUAUUAUUCAUUCAAAAUAAUUACAAGCUAAAACAGGCUUAUAUACCUCGGUCGAUGUUUAAGUUGAUAUCGAUAGUGCAUCUUCAUCGGAAGUUUAGGAGAUAAAGGGCUGUUCAGGUCUGCAAAUAUACUCCAAAUAGCUGAUGUUGUCCAUCAAGUUGUCUUCUUGCUGUUCUUGCCAAGGCUGAUGUUUUUAGGGAAUAGUUCACCAUGAAACGAGUUAAAUUAAUGUUCUCCUAUUACUCACUUCACCAUUACUCACUUUGAAAACAACUUAAACUUGUCCCCAGGUUUUCUCGGUUAACGGUUCAAUAAUCUGCAACUUUGCUGCACUUUUGACUUCAUCGGUUCAAUAAGGCAAAAUUCAUCCAAAUUGGGUUAAAAGUAGCUGGUUAUGAUGAAUUAUGAGUGUGAUUUUAGCCAAUCAGAAACAGAGAAAUAUUUUGAAUGAAUAAUAAACUGAUUAUUUUGUUACUACAGUCAAACCUGUAAGUGGACCACUAUUAAGCUAUGGUUGAAGUCACCUUUCCUUAAGAUCCCAAACAACUUUUAAUAUCUUUAUCUUCAUUAAACCAUAACUUUCAAUUGAGAAGGUGUAAUACAAACUUCAGCAGAUGGACUUUCCAUAUCCUUUAGUGGUCUUUUAAUCCUUGUUUUUUGUUUGUUUGUUUGUCUGAAGUCAUUUUGCCCUGGGAUAGAUACUUUUAUUUUGCUCUUUCGCCAUCCUCAUUUUUUUGAAUUACCCUUCAGUUUGUCAAACCUGUAUUAAGCAGACAGCAAGCCAUUCCCUAAGGGUGACCACUUAAUACAGGUUUGACUGUAACAGGAUUUUAUUAUUAAUAUAGUAAUUGAAUGUAUUUUUUCUUGGAAGUUGGAGAGUCAACAGAAAAGAAAUAUCUCUGAGGCAGCAGACUUGAGAGAAAAAAUCAGUUCUCUUUGGAUCAAACUGGAGGUGGAUGAGGCAGAAAGACAAGCUUUCCUGUCUAAAAACGUUGGAUAUAAACCUUCUAUAAUUACUAAGGUAGGUAACAACCAUGUAGACAGUAAAAUUGUUAAUAAUAGUGUAUACACAGGGUUUUAGCUUUUGAUACUGAUUUGUAAAUUAAAUAAGUGUGAAAGACCCUCACAUCCUUCUUUUCUUUUUAGCUAAAGAGCGAGGUGGAACGAUUACAAGCUUUGAAACUGCAACACAUGCAGAAAUUCAUUGAUGGCCUCAGGUAUGCAAAGUGUAUUUAACAGAGGUGUGUACUCAGCUGCAUGAACUUUAAUCCAAAACUGCAAGUGGGCUUUAACAUCGAGAUUCCAGAUGAACUCCUAGAUAACACGAGACACUAUAAAGCAAGUCCACAACCCACUCAAAUGACAACAGUUUGACUGUGGUUUUCAAGAUCAAUACCCUAUUUUCUGAAAUCUACAAAGGAGUAAAUCAGGUCUUCUGAGUUCUUGACCAUUUGACUCAACAGGCUCACACAAGUCCAUACAUUUCCCGCAUUUAUUAGCACUAUUUAAGUACCGAUUCUUGCCUAAUGAAAUUUAUAAUUUGGUUAGUAAAAUUUAUGCCCACUAACCUGGACGGUUAGUUAGCCAAAAAUUUUUUAUUUCGAGCCCUGCAUUUCCUGUACAUAGAAAAUGGCAUAUAAUAAAACAUGGAUUGGACUGGAUUGAUAACACAUGGACUGGAUUAAUGAAACAUGGAUUGACAGUGUUUCUCUUUUGCCAGAAACUCCUUUUGUUUUUUCGGCCCUUUUUAAUGAUUAAAACUGCUUUUCGCAAUGAAUAAUUAUUAUUCAACAGCAGAAAUUUUCUACAGAGAAUGAGAGCAAUUUGAACCAUCAGCUUCAAAAUGGGAGCAAAAAUCAAGAUACUAGUCACAGUUUUCAUUGUGUCUCACUUUGCAGAUGAGUUUGUUUCUGUCAGCUAUGUGUGUUGGAGGUUCAUUCCAGUUCUUAUUUUUACCGUUAAAACCUUGCAAACUUAUUGGAAAUUGACCUUGAAUUUCAUAUGUUACACUGGCUAGGCAAUUACAUGUACAGUUGAGUCAAGUCAAGCAUAUCCCCCUAGAUUAAUGAAUCAAUUAUUUAAAAAAAAUUAAUCUGUUUAUAGUCGUUGCUGCAACCAGUAUCAAAAUUCAAAUCUGCAUUCCUGCACACAUAAUGAACAGUUAUCAAUCCAUGUUUUAUACAUCAAUCCAGUCCAGUCCAUUUUUUAUCAUAUGCCUUUGUAUACCAGUAUAAAAUACCACACAGUAAAAAGGCUCCCCAGUCGAUGUCCAAAGGAGCUUAAACAUGAGCUCUAACUGCCAAAGUGUCUUCCUGCAGGACUGGACAUUAUUUUAUAACCUAGAAACCAAUGGGCUUUCUUUACCUUGUUAUUCUAGAAAGGAAUUAUCAGAUCUGUGGGACAAAUGUUUCUUUGGACCUGCUCAGCGAGAGGAGUUUACACCAGCUUUUGAUGGUAUGUGUGACAUAAUACAUUGUGCAGCCAACAAAAUUGCACUGUUUCCUCCAACCUCAUUCCCAGGCUUCUCUCCUACUUGUAUGGGACGAGUAUAGGAGAGAAAGAGCAAUUUCUUGGGCUGUGAUUGGUCAAGUUGGUUAUGGUCAAUUAGAGCAAGUACAGACUAUGGAAAUGACAUGAUGGUGGUGCAAUUAUUUUAUUUUUCUCUUUCUUGUGAGUGCAAUGUUCUGAUAAUCUGCAAUGGAUAGGGAUGUCAAAAUACACAGUGGCCCUGAUGACUUAUUUACCUUAUUUACUUUGACAUGAAAUGAAAUGUUGGCUUUUUUUUACUCCCUAGAAUAGCUCUGUAAUGAUAUUAUACUUAAGUUAAGCAUCAAAGAAAACUUACUUGUUAAUGAUAGGCCGUUGUUGUACAGUGUAGUUGAUUUAUUAUACAUGAAUCGUAUGGUACUUGCAUAUUUAUAUUUGAGUAUGAGUCUUCUAGCUCUGAUCUGUUGUAUAUUCAUGACAUACUUAGAAAAUUACACAGAAGAGCUCCUGUCAAUCCACGAACAUCAAGUGGAAGUCAUGAAAAAUUAUUACGAGGAAAACAAAAACAUCUUUAAGCUUGUGGAGAGGAGAGAAGCUUUGUUCAAGACAAUGGAGGAAUUUGAGGUAACUUAAUUAAAAUUACACUUGAAGGCGUUCUCCUAACGGACACUCUUGUAAGCGGAAAGCUCUACUUAUGGCCACCUUAACAAAACACUGUUUAAAACUCUGUAUUUUUUACAUUCCCAUAAUCGGCCAGCCCCAGUUAUGGACACCUUUUUUACGUCCCGAGGGUGUCUGCUUAUGAGAGCUUCCACUGUAUACAAAAGACUAUGUUACAUGUACAUAAUUUGAUAUUACUAAUACUUUCACACAAUGUGCUCAAAUUGCAACGUUACAUGUAUUUUCUGCUUAGUACAUGUAAUUGAUACAUUAACAGUCUGUACAUACAUGGGCGGCAUUAACUUGCCUAGGAGCUGUGGGAGGUUUUAAGUUUUUCCUUUGCAGUGAACUCGAAAAGCCGUCACUGAAGAGAGAGCAUAAUAUUUUUUAAUCACUUGCCGUUACAGUUUUAUGUUUUACUGUUCAAAGACUUUUUAACCAAGGUACAUGUAGCUACAGUCAGCGACAAAAUUGUUGAGACAUUUUCCUCAAAUGGGGUAUCCCCCUUCACUAGUAUCAAAGUUGGUGUGUCAAACAGUGGCAGAACAUUGCAUGGAGGGGAUGUGGGAGGAACACUUUACACUUUUUUUAAGUCGGCAGGUUGUUAGAGAGGCCCUAAUUUUGUGCAAAGUGUCUCGAUCACAAACUAAUUUCAUCGCCAAUUGUAGCUUUCUGACUGUGUAGAUGCUGCUAGUGAGCAAAAGGGCACCCUGCUGGCUAUUAAAUUACUGGCUAUUAUAGCUAGUAUGACCAGGUGUCCUAAAUACAUGUACCACGGCAAUAGUAACUGAACAUGGGGGCUGAUACUGUCACCCUUUCUCUUUCAGACUCGUAAGAAUGAUUCUAACCGGCUUGCCAACCGUGGAGGAGCACUUCUCAAAGAGGAAAAAAUCCGAAAAGGAAUAAAUAGAGAAUUGCCAAAGGUGAAUACAUUAUUCUAGCCCAAGAUCAGCUAAAGUCAUUUUAACUAGCCUGAAUAAAUGUUUUCAUGAGCAGAAUAAAUUAUUGAUUAUAGUUCUUCUGCUAGAAAACUCCAAUUGCCCAACAGUCAAGUUAAGAAUUCAAUAAGCCUAAUAGCAAAAAUCCACUAGCCUCAGGCUAUUGGACACGACUUGCUUUGCACACUGCAACACUUCAUGUGGAGUCUGCGAUGUUGCUUACAAAGUGGAGAACUUGAAAGUUAAAUUUCGCAAAAUAAAUUUAUUGAAAUUAGCAAGGCUGUGAGUGUCACUAAGGUUUCCAAUUGUGUUUCAGGUGUGAAGUUGUUAAUAUUUAUUAGUGGAAAAUGGGCACAUCUGACAAAUUUGCUUUCUUAACCUCCUUUAUGGCAAUUUCCCUUGUUUUAUCUUCAAAUAAUAAUCAAUAUAUUAUGAAUUAUUCUAAAUAGUUAUUAAUAUUAAGUUUAAGUUGUCAUUUCUUCCAUUUAUUUUAUUAAUCAUGAGUUGUUGUUUAAAUAGAUUGAACAGAAACUGAAGAUGGAUGUAGGAAAAUGGGAGGAAGAAAAUGAGAGAAGAUUCCUGAUUAAUGGCUGUCAUUACAUGGACAUAAUCACAAAUCAAUGGGCAGCAUUUAAUGCUCAGAAAGAGCAAGAGAUAUUAGAAAGAGUAAGGAAUUAUUUUAUUAGCACUAGAAUUGGGGGAAAAUUAGUAUAAAUAUUACACUGGACAUUGUACUUGUCAAUCUCUUCUUUUUAAAUAACAACAAAAUGUUCAUAAUUAAUGUGAUAUAUUUGAAAUGUAUGUGGAUUGUUCAUCACUUUAAUAGCAGUCUGACUUGGAACGAAUGCCUCCACAUAAAAUCAAAAAAAUACACAGUAAACACCCUGCCAAUAUGGUAUCAUUCACUCUUGCCAAGAGUGAUUGGCAUCACAAUCAUUUGGUCAGAUCGUUCCAUUUUAUAGGACUUCAGAUUGUUCCACAGUUUCAGUGUAAAAAUUGAUUUGAAACGUGCUUUUUUUCUGGCUUCUUGCCUUAAAGAACAAGUUAUAUACACAUGAGUAACACCCUUGUUUCUGCUCAUGGCUUAUAGUCAUGUGAAAAGUUCUGAUUAGAUUGUAGAAUAAUCUGUCAAUUAAGUAGAACUAUCUGACCAUGGAACAAAGUGUCAGUUGGUCACCAGAUACCACCCUUAAGGAUGUAAGUGUACCAUGUAAGUGAGUCAUGUAUCCUCUUAGCUCAUACCAGAGUGAAUACAGCCAGUGCCACCAAUGAUUUUAGCCGUUUAUUAUAUGUACAUUCAUUAGAUCUUGUUCCUGAAAAAACUGCAUCCCUCAAUGUGACAAAAAGGUUGUUUCUGGUUAACAGUUUCAAUUUCUUUCCAAAGCACAAAAGGCAACAGGAGAUAAUGGAGAAAGAAAUGGUCUAUGGAAGCAAACCAGCUACCACACCCAAGAAAAGGUAAUUGUGUUUUUGCAGUAUUGAUAACUUUAACUAAAGAAAUUACCAACAACAAAUAUAGUAUUAUUUAUUGUUUGUUUAAUGCCAGACCUUUGGGUGGAACAACAACACCUCUGAAGACAUCAAAGCGAAUAAAGGUGAGUGCUCUCUGUAAUCAGUGUUCUUGUUAUGCUGAGAUAUAACUUGAUAGAGGAUACCUUACAUGGAUGUCCAAAUAUCAAGUUAAACACAGAUUGUACAGUAUGCCUUGGACUUCAAGCUAGUAAUGAUGUGACAUUCACACCCACCAACUUGAACAGGCGGACAUUCAUACAUGUAUGGGCACAAAGUUUUGUCGUGACACAAAUUUCUUGGAUGCAUAGAUAACCAAAUUUUAUUAUCUACGGUGCUCUGCAGCAUGCGUUUUGUGCACAAGAGAGCUUUUUUACAUGUAGUUCAAAUGUUUGAUCACUUGCAUAACUUUCUUUUCCUUUACUUGUAUAGAUGCAAGAUGCAACUACAACAUCCACACCAUCCAAGUUUCCGUUACAUUCUAGCAUUUGUCCAUCACCAAGACCAGCUGCUGGAAAAUCAGCUGGGCGCCCACCUCUUACCACUAAAUCAAGUGUUAGAAAAGUGACAAAGACAAUAAAGAAAAAAGUGGUAAGGAGAUAAAUAGUGGUAGUAGGAGUGAGUGGAGUCCACUCGGUCUGUAAUCAUACACGUAACUAACAAAAUUGGCCGACCGUGUAGUGGGAGUCUGAUUUUUUAAACCAAGCAUGAUUACUGACCAAACUGGACAACACAAAUUCUGUUGCCAAUUAAUCAUGGAUCAUGUGUUUCUGAGCCACCUACCCCUCCCCUUAGAAAACAUUUUGCCGUAACUGAGAAGUACAUGUUAAUGUUGGCUUAGGGGAGGGGUAGGUGGGCAGUUUCCCAGAAACAUAUAAUGAUCCAUCUUAAUCAUAACUAUGACAUAAUUUAUGAUUUUUUAAACUUUCCUCAAAUUAAAACAGAGUGAGUUUAUUAUAAAACUAAAAACUCAUUCAAGUGCGCUCGCAAGAUGGUGGGUACAGUCCAAAGGCGUGACGUGUACUAGUGUCCUUUAGUGUUGAAAUCAGGACAGUUGAUGGCCAAUCAGAUUUGAGAAUUUUUUUAUAGUUAUGAUUAACAAAAUAAUAUAUAUUCAGGCGGCUUAGCUUCAAAUUUCAGGUGAAUUGUACACUUUUUGAUACAAGCGUGAAAUCUGGCAUACUGAUAGAAGUCACCAAUACAAACAUUUUCGGAUAUAGUGCCAAGCCGAAAAUACGUUGCUUUCCAUAGAAACCGCAAAUUGUUAAAUCUGUUUUCUACAUACGUCUUUUUUUUCACAUGCCACUUAAUGAUGUGUUGCCAUGGCAACGGGAAAAAUUAAAGGGGUUUUGUCACACUAUUUCCUUUCUAAAUAAGAACCUAAAAUGUGUCUUUGUUAGAAAUGAAUUUUAACAAUAACGGCCAAAAUUUGUUAUCAUAGACCUUAUUUUCUUGUUCCCGGUUGCUAGGAUAUGAAAUAAGACAUGGAAACGUUGGGCCAACAUUUUCAAGUUUUAAUGCCGUGCUGGUAAAAUCAAGAAAAAAUAUACAAUGGUUAGUGCUCCUUGGAGCAUUGUUUUGUAGGGGAGAAGGCACUAAGCUUCAGCACAGAAUUGGCACAAAACAACAAUAUCUUCAUGACUUAGCCCUGUUAGAUACUUUGAAUGUUAAAAUUAAUACAAAUUAGUCACGAACGCAUUGUCCAUCACAUAUACAAAGCGAGGUACAUGGAAGGUCUGCCUUUACACAUUUGCAUCUUUUGCUACAACUCUUCUUACAACCACAAUGGAGCAGCUCUUUGCAGCUGCUUUUCUCUUCCUAAGGUCCAACCCCAAUUUGUGGAUUCAGGAAGAACAGGUUUAAGGGCCGUUGCUUGCCCCUGCACGUAUCCUCCUUGAUACACGGCGCGCUUCACAUGUUGUUCCAGAGCAUCCCGGGUGGGUGGGAGUCCUUCCAACCCUCUCCCUUUCUUUGUGAAUAAGUACUUUCGGGCAUCAUUGACCUGAAACAAAUACCAAAUAGUAAGUAUAAAUAAAUGCAAACAUUACACGAUCACAAGUCCUCAAGAAGAAACCGAGAAGAUUAACACCCACCUUGCUGAGGUGGCUAGUCCUGUCGUAAAUCAGAAUGAUAAAUCGUUCUAUGGUGCACAGAUUCUCCUCAGAAAUACUAGAGGGGGUCCCUGCCAGCUCCAGAAAUAUACUAGUAACAUUUGGAAAGUUCUCCCAAACUGCCCAGGCUGUUCUUUUUCCAUACCCAGCGAAGAAGGAUGUUGUGUCGCACCCUGUCAGGGCAUGGAAGAUGGGGAGACACUUUGAUUUAGUUGGACCAAGAGCCUUUGCGAAGAGAUGUGCCCGCAGGAUCCUAUGGUUUUUUUCCGGUUUCAUAGGAGACCCACAAUUCCUUUAGGUCUAAAGUUGCAACAGCGGCAACAGCUAACACAAGCACGUCAGUGUCUGUUGAUCGGAUCAUGACUGACUGGUGACCAUCUUGUACUGCAUCAGCAAAAUGAACCAUUAUUCUUGUGUCUGCUUCUUCAUGCGAACAGGGUGACAAUUUAUUCCUUCUUGUCGCAGAUGGAGAGCAGAGUACCUCUUCUCCUUUGAUUUGCCUGCCCUCGAUCGCCAUUUUCACGACCUGCUCUGACAAGAACAGGAACAGCUCCUUCUUGUUGUUAUCUAAACGUAAGAAUUCUUGCCAGUUUUGGGGUACCACAGCAGAUGGAAGAACCCUCCUUCUGGCGCCAGUACCUCUCUUCUGCCUUGUGCUUGCCUUCAAACUGUUAGGGAUAUAUUCAUCCCGCACCAAUUCCAGCCUCUGUACAUUUUCAAUUGACUGUUUGAUGUACGGCAGUAAGACCUUCUCGCUGUAUUCCAUGAAAGUCUACAGAAUUGUGGCUUGAGCAUCUGAACGGAGAACGUACCGUCAAAUACGAUAACCGAUGGGUUAGGGACUCUCAUGUGCCCACCAAUUUAUCCAUGCACUGUAUUAAGUCACAUUUGCUACCUGACCUGAUUCUCCCACAGUCCGAUAAUGAAUGAGGAGACCCUUGAGUUUCAUGAGAAAAGAAAUCAUCGAGAUCACCAUCUCUACUUUGACAUCCGAUGUAUGGCCUCCGAAACAGCUGGCAGUCCGUUCUUACAGAUUUUAGCUUCAUUUUCUCUUUUGAUGUUGAACUCUUACACCCUGGUUUCCACAAAGGAAGAUUAUUUCUUGAAAUGCUAUCAUCGAUUGGCUUAGAUCUCUCCGUAAGCCUUUCUUUUACGAAGAGUUCAUACUGCCCCUUUCCAAUUGACUCAAUGUUGUUCAAAGAAGCUUUCAUUGCUGGAUCAGCUGUGUCUUUCGAUACAAGUGAGAUCAGGUCUGUACUUUCCUCUUCAAAUGAGUUGCCAAGUUCUUCUAUAAUAGAAACCAGAGAUUGAACAUGACUUAUGAAGCGUGCUUGGCAAGCCCUGGAUUGCUCAUGAUGUGGUGUGCAAGUCUGGUUGGUGUUGUCCUCCUCUAUUGUAAUCUCAAACUCUUUUACCAUUUUUGCCAGCUCCGGUCCGGCCACCAUCCAUCUUAAAAGCACACCAGGAUUCUCAGUGAUUCCAUAAUCCCGCUGUUCCCCUUGAUUAACUCAUUACUCUGUUCAUGAGCCUGGUCUGGUGGUAUAGAUGAAAAAGUAUUAGUUGUCUUCUGCGCUGUAAAUUUACCACAAUUUUAGAACUCCUUGUAGACGUGUGGGUGUUUAUUUGGUAGGUCUGCCAUGUCCCUAAUAUGUACUGGUAGCCACCGCUAAUAAUUAGUGCGAUCUAGAGCGAACAUCCAAGGGGUAAUUGCCAUCAAAGCAGCCGUAUACUGUCUGAAGUCCAAUUGUCGAAAGGAGCGCACGAGAAUGAGAAUAAGUAACUCGAACGUGAGGGUCAUCUUCCAGAAUUGGAGCUGCGGGGUCUUACUGGCUUGAUCUUUGCACCAUUCAGGGAAUGGUGGAGCGUUCUCUGUGCAUUGUGCGCAGUAAUUCUUGUAGGCUCUCAGCUGAAGUAUAUAAAGCGAGGAUGCCGUAAUUUGAUGGACUUAUCUUGUACGCGUAAUAAUGUGCAGACGUUACUAAUGACUCAGCCCUUUCAGUCGUGGUUAUCCCGGCUUGCGCAACAGCCUCUGUCCAACCACUUCCCAACAGCCACGAUCCUAUUGCUUCGAGAACCGCUAACUCUAUGUGAAGUCCACCAAGUAUAACUAUCAGCUUAUCUUCUCCCGUCGUGUCUGGAUAUCUUCAUUGUAUUUGCUUAGCUAAAGCAUAUAGGGGUUGAUCGAAUGAUACAACUGCAGCUUGCCCUGGGUUGAGGUGUUCAACAGCUUUCAUAACAACAGUUAUGGCAUGCUUGAUCAUGGCUAUGGAAUGAGCAGCUUCUGCAAAAAGAGGCAGCAACGAACUCUGGCAUCGUGCGUUGACGUGUUUCUGUCGUUUUCCGUGGAAAGCAGACCAUGAUACCAUUGCUGUUGUGUUUUUGCUAUGGGCUUUUCCAUUUCCAGCUCGCUUGGCAACAGUGGGUUGCAUAACCUCUUUGUCUAUCUGUUGGUGGUCUUCUGCAUGCUGCCUCAUAUGGUUGAGCCCUUCAGUCUCCUUCACUGUGGCCAGAGAUAGUGCUUCAUCAUCACCGUUUACAUUAUACUGCAUACUUGGCACUCUUAAACCACCUUGUUUUUGACUUGACAAAGGGAGAAUUUUAAUGUAGCUUGAUGGCAGUGCACCUAUGUAGACAAAUUUCUUUCCUUAAAUCGUGCGUUUUUCACACCUUCCUCUUCCACAGUAGGGUGCUGUAUUAGUGAAAUGCUGGUGCCAUGAAAUGAACUUAUUGCCGUUGUCGACGACGUGCUGUGCUCGAUAUUAUCAACUGCGGCUAUAGUGAAACGUUUGUUUUCAGGUUGGAAGGGCAUACCGUAUCCGUCUCCUUGAAGUGUUCACAAACUGCAUUUGCCAUAUCUGAUGACAAGCCUAGCACUUCAUCGUACGAAAUUGACAUGCCAAGUGAAUGUAAUCUGUCUAUAGGAUCACCCUUGCGUGUUUUUAAAUGAAGCCUCACACCAAUUUACACUGGUAAUGGACUCUCUUGACUUUUGACAUGCCGAGUACAUUCUUCUGUCUUACGGGGUUGCUUCACGUUAUUGAAUUUAAGAAGCUGAGCUAAUGUUAAUCCAGCCUGACUUUGCUUUAUAGUUGACUGGCAUUUAGCUUUUGGCCCUUCAAGGAUCAUGGUUACCAACGAUAGCAAAGUCUGGGGGAUUGAUCCCCUUUGGCAGUUCUGAGAAAACGAUCCAUUGGCUACUUAUGAUUCAGUGAAUAUUUCUUGUCGGACUAUGCUAGCUGAACGUUGUAAACACAUCUCAUAGGCAUCAUUGUCGUUAGAGAAAGCGUCGGAUUUAAUGUCUUAUGUCUUCUGUAAAAGCUACCAACACCUCUCUUCCUUUAUUGUGAGCAGUUAAACCAGGGAUAGCUUCUCCUUUAGACGCGUGGAAUGUAUCUCUUGAGUUUCCUCCGCCAGACCUUCUCUAAUUAGGCUCUUGCAAUACUCUUUUCUCAAAUCCGAGAACUUGGAAACGGAACUCACUUCACUCGUGAGUAACAGAUCGGACGCGGGAGUCGAUACCCAUUGUACACGCCAUUCUUAGAUCACCAUGGUUAGCUGAUUCCUUGCAAAAGAAGCAAACCGGCCGUUUCACGCUCUGUGGAAACAUACUUGAGCGUGUCCGUUUGCUGCUGCUUUGGCCGUGGCUCUCUUCAGGCAUUUUCCUUUUUAUUAUACGCUCCAGUUUGGUCCUAUUGAACGCAUCGCGACACGAUUUAUGCCACAAGGCAAAACGACUCGUUAAAGUGGAAGCAAUUCCGUUUCCCUCGUUUAGACAUUCCCAGUUAACUGCUAAAUGUAACUCUCCCACCUCAUAAAAUGACGUUAGGUCUCGCUCAAAAGUUACGUGUCCAGCACCAGAGUCGUGUCGUUUCGAAUUAGCCGGACAUGUAGACUUUUCAGAUGUUUCUUCCUGGCAAAUAAUACAUUUUCACCAGUCAAUAGUUUGAUGUUGCGACAUGAUUCCACGUCUUCACGUCAACCCAUUUCGUUCAAACCGGCCUGUUUCUCUUUAUAUCAUUGGAAUGAUAUUCUUCUCUAGCUGCACCGAUCGAGUCGCAUGUACAAAGUUUUGAGUGAAAAUCAAGAGAAAGUGGAGAAAAAAGCACGUGCAGAAAAAUUGCAAAUUCCGGCCAGUAUUUGAAUAAUAGUUUUCCGAGAAAAUUAUUAGCAUAACGAAGAAGAAAAUAACAAUUUGACUUCAAAUUUAAGCAUUUGUAUUUGUAUUUUGAAAUGAAACGUAAAAGAGUAAGAAAUGUACUUCGCGGGCGGUCUCGUGUCCGAAAAUUUCAUUCGCUGCAAAUAAGCUGGAAUUAGACAAUUAAGCUUGGCACUAUAUCAGGAAAUGACCAGCCUGGGAAUGUAAAUAUUCCUACAAAGUUUGGUUCUUGUAUCAAAAAUCCCAUAAUUUUACAGUUAAGCCGCCGGACUAAUACCUGUAGUAGAACCUUUGCGUCCACCCAUAAGCGAGGCAAACGCGCCUCUCCUCCCCUCGUCUCUCGCCCUUGCACUCCUUCGCGCAAAAUGCCGUGUUCGCCUCGCUUGGUUCAAAAAGCGCCUUUUAUGCAGGAUAAAUUUUCCCAGUCAAAGCCUUACAGUUGGAAUUUCUCCUAAACGACCACCUCUUGUAAGCGACCACUUGACGAUGGUUUGAUCUCUAUAUCUACUGUGGUAACCAGUCUAGUCGCCCGAAGUUAUAUCGCCCGAAAUGUUUAGUCAAGUCGCUCGAAAUUUUAAUGAAGAGUGUAUGUAAUAUAUCUCGUUGUUUAAGCGAUAAUGAGACGAAACAAGCAGGAUGAAUUUCGGGCGACUUGACCGGAAACCUUUACUGUACAGUAGACUCCUGGUAACUAGAAUCUCCCGCUAACUCGAAGCAAUUUUCAUUUUCUCUUCAGAUUAUUUUCUAUAUAAUUUUAAAUACCUCGAUCACUCGAACUUUUGUCAAUUUUCUUUGAAGGUUCGAAUUAACGGGAGUCGACUGUAUGUACUUCUCUACUCAAGGUAUAUGAAAAACUUUUUAGUAACAACACGCGGAGCGAACCUGGUUUAUUAGCUGAUGUUUUAAUGCCUGUAUUUGUUAACAGACACCUGGCAGCAGACGGCAGUCGGCCAGGCUGGCAGUGAAAAGAAAGGUUCUUGGUGAGAAAAAUGGCAACACGAGCAAGCUGCUUAAUGGCUCUGUUAAUGCAUCAAUUCGAAUUCUGAAUGGUUUCAAAUCAGCAAGCAAUAAGGAUGAAUCAAUGGUUGUAUGUACUUCGUACAAUGAGUUUGCUGUAAGUGCAGACAAAUCUUAAUUUGACAGGUUUUCAAACACAGAAGUUGCUGUCAAAGAGAUUGAGAAUAUAUCACUAGAAGUAAAAUGAUUUUUUUUAUAUUGAGCUAUUAUCAUGGGGAUAAGAAUGUUCCAAUAGGUUUGGUUUGUUUUCCUUGAAGGCCAUCAACCUCUUGUCUUGAUUAGCCUGGAUUUGUUAGAAGACAGUUUUUUUAUGAAAAAUGGAAGUAAUCCGAUCAAUGCAUUAUGGCUUGAAUAUUGGACAAGGUUGUCGUUAUGGAAAUAUUAUGGGUUAUCCCAAAGCCCCUAAAGCUUGGACUGUUUUACACUUGGGCAAAACCUAAACGGCAAUGUAGCCUGUAAGCAUCAGAAGGUUCUUCAUUUAGAGUGACGUGCGAAGCGAGAGGCGGAGGAAAGAAGAACAGGGGUGCUUACUAUUUGCACAAACCAUCCUGGUGGAAGGAAAAUCUUGUUCGUAUACAGCUAUUUCGAGAAAUGUCGUCGGAUAAAGUGCACGCGACAAACCCGAAAGGUAUUGUGGGUUGUUUAGAGUUCACUGUUUUUCAAAGAAAUUUGAAAGAAUGGCAGGAGAGGCCAUGGACAUAUGUUUGUGAGUGCUAAAGGAAAGCAACAAAAGGAGGUUCGACAGCUAUAGUGUAUUGAUCAUAUCCCAUAUUACCUUUCGGGAUUGUCGCUUGCACAUUUUUUCCGACAACCUUUCUCGAAACAGCUGUAUAUAAAAACUAUAAAAUCCGACGUUGUGGAAGUACGAACCGAUACUGAACAUAUCCAAAUUUACUAAAGCGACUGAAAAAAAGUAGAAAAAUUGCAUCGUCUCAAAUCACGGCCCAUAUUUUCUGAAUGCUGCGAAGCAUUUGAUUUCCCAACCGGAAUUUCCGGUUUUCUGUAUGUUAAUGGUAAGUACCCCAUGGCUUCCCUUUCUCUCCGCCCUUCGCUCCCGCGUCUCCUUUCGCGUACCACUCGCGCUUUUCUUGUCACGAUAUUCCCUGAAUGGAGAGAUUUAUCGCAGGACAGUCCGCGACGCUACCACUGGUUUCCCCACGAAAUGACGUCUGAGAAACGAGCGCAGAAAUUCCAUACUGAUGACGGGUCACUACCCAAAUCUGGCAUAAUCAGUAUGGAAUUUCUCUGCCUGUUUCGUCAUUUCGCGGGAAAGCCGUGGUAGCAUCGCGAUAUGUCGGUUGUUUUCUCAGGCUCGCUUCUUUGCCAAUGGGUGCUGCUAGAGCACAGCCUUGGGGGUUUUAACUUUAUAAUUUCUAAGUUAUGUUAGGUCAGUUUACAUUUGGCAGUGAUCUUAUGAGCGUUUCAUUUUGUUCUUCCUUAGAGUGGCCUGAAUAAAGAGGAGAACAACUGCCGCAGCAGCAUGCUCAACAGAACACAUUCAGUCACUUCAUUCAUGUAGAGCCAAGGACAAUCACACAGAUUACACAGAACUUUAUCUUCUUUUGUUGUUUUACCGAAUAUUGGCAACAGACAUCAAAGAACGUGGACUUUGGUCUCCUUUAUCAUCAUCAUCUACUUGAAUAUUUUUUAACUUUGCUUCCAUCCUGUGAAAUUGUUUCAUUUUAAAUGAUCUUUAAUCUUCAAAAACACCUUUGUUCAUUAUUAAUGUAGCAUCAUUUCUCGACACUGUUUUAUUAAUUAAGAGUUUUUGGAUGUGUUUGAUCAUGCAUCUUAACUUAAAAAUCGCACGUUUCGAUAUCUGUUACCAAUGUAGCAUUAUUUCUCGACACUAUUAUAUUAAAUAAGAGUUUUUUAAAACCUUUACAUCAGUAACGUAGCUAGUACAGGAGAGCCACCGUUUGCUUAUUUCGCCUCUAGCUGGUCAAGAAAGUCGUGAUGCAGAUUUUUUGCAGUCGCAAAGUGAAGAAAUGCAAAGGCAACGUGAUCCAGAGAUUGCUCAAAACACUUGACUACUGAAAGAAAGUCCACGCUAGGAGUUUUUUCAGUAAAUGGUAAUUUACUGCACUGCCAAAUCUCAAACAAACUUUCAUCUGGAUACUUCUGGUUUUCUGAGGAAGGUUUAUGAGAUGUAAUAUGAGGGAGACAUCUCGUAGCUCAGACAAAAAGUAAAUUGCCAAUGUUUUGCAUUCUUUAUUUAUUUUAAAGAUGUACUAUUUUACAAAUAAUGUAAAUAUGAAGUUUAUGUAGAGUUUUAUGAAGAAUUGGUGACGUUUAAAAUGUAAUCGUCGUCAGAGGUUGAUGGCACUUCCAAUGCAAUUAGACGUUAGAUUUGGUAUAAUUUUUUACUCUACAUGUAUCGUUAAAUAAUGUGGAAUUCACUAGAUAAUUAGAUAAUUAACAGGCACCGAAAGGGCAGGAGUCUUAGCAAGUUCAUGA